AUGUCGGAGUACUUACAACAAUACGAAAAGUACUCUCUCGGAUUGUUAGAUGAACAAGAUGCAAGUUCUGCUUCCAUGUAUGAAUCCCGAGAACGAUUGGCAGUGCGCACAACAUGGCUACUCAACUUCGAGUAUAUUAAGCAAAGUAAGAAUGGCAACUUUGCUGUUAGAUUUUUUCAUGCAUGUGCCUUUUUCAAUCCGGCUGAAAUCCAGCAAGACCUUAUUAAUCCUGGAAAACCUCCCAUUGAAGACGAUUCUUACCAAGAGUACGUAGAUACUGCGCUAGGUUCAUCACACAUAUUGAAGUUGCUUACUGAUUUUUCAUUAUUCAAGAAAAAUAGGCGUUCUUCUCUUACUGUUCAUCGCCUGGUUCAAGAGGUUAUUCGAGGUAAUAUUUCCCCAGAAGAAUAUGUUUCGUCUUUAGUUGAUGCAAUACGCCUUCUAAGCUACGCUUUUUCAUUCUCGCGUUCCCCAGAUGAUCUUUUAACCAGCAUGAUAAAUAAGCAUUAUGACCGAGCUUCUCUUCAGACAACUGAUCCAUCUCUUUUCCACAAGUGGCAUAAGAUUUGCUUGCAUGCUCAUGAAGUACGGAAGCUUCUUUUAGAUUUCCUAAAAUCAUCUCAGCUUUUAGACCAACGAAUCGUCAUCCCAGAAACUGCCAGGUUGGUUUAUGAAUGUGCUCUUCACCCUUUUAACAAAGGACGAUUUGGCAACUUUGUUUCCUCACGAAAUACCUUUGCCGGAGUUGGUUCGGAGAGUUAUUUCGUAUUCCUGUGUCGCUCCUCGUGA